AUGGAUGACCUCUAUGACGAGUUUGGCAACUUCAUCGGCGAAGCCGUCUCCGACGAAGAGGCAUCCCAGGAUGGUGCAGCGGAACAAAAUUAUGUCUACGACGAGGAGUCAGAACCCGAGGAGCAAGCUCCUGCAGAUCAGUCUAUGGAUGUUGAUGAUGAAGGACCCUCGAAUGCGGUGAUAUUACACGAAGACAAACAAUACUAUCCCACCGCGCAGCAAGUAUACGGGGAAGAGGUCGAGACUCUGGUGCAGGAGGAGGAUGCACAGCCGCUCACACAACCGAUAAUUGCGCCCGUCACGCAGAAGAAGUUCCAGGUGCAGGAAGCCGACCUUCCUCCGGUCCACUACUCGAGAGAAUUCAUGACCGAUCUCCUCAGUUUUCCCGAAGGUAUCAGAAAUAUUGCGGUGGCGGGACAUCUGCACCAUGGCAAGACAGCAUUCGUGGAUAUGUUGGUCUUACAGACACACGACUUGGAGGAGAGGCUGGAUAAACGAGUAGGCAGGAGGAGAGAUGAACAAUUAAGAUAUACCGACACACAUUUCCUAGAGCGAGAACGAGGGAUUUCGAUCAAGGCUGCGCCGAUCAGUCUGGUCAUGCAAGGCACGAAAGGGAAAUCGCAUAUCCUCAACAUCAUUGACACCCCUGGCCAUGUGAACUUUGUGGACGAGGUCGGAUCGAGCUUGCGCCUGGUCGAUGGCGUGGUUCUCGUCGUGGACGUGGUGGAAGGGGUUCAGGUCAACACGGAGCAAGUCAUCAAGCACGCUGUCUUGGAAGAUAUACCCAUGGUAUUGGUCAUAAACAAAAUGGAUCGCCUAAUCCUCGAGCUCAAGAUACCACCAACAGACGCGUACUUCAAACUAAAACAUGUCGUUGAAGAGGUCAACACGGUCAUUGAGAACACCAUUCCUGGUCGUGGCGAAAAGAGGCGGCUGUCGCCUGAAAAGGGCAACGUGGCUUUUGCAUGCACGUCUAUGGACUGGGUGUUUACGCUGCCGUCAUUCGCAAAGAUGUACGCCGAAUCGUACCCAAAAGUCGACGCGACCGAGUUCUCCAGGAGGUUGUGGGGAGAUAUCUUUUUCAACCCUCGAAGUCGAAAGUUCACCCGAAAAGGGAUGGAAGAGGGAUCAAAGAGGGCUUUCGUGAAUUUUGUGCUGGAGCCCAUUUACAAGCUGUUCUCCCACACCAUCAGUGAGAGCCCUGAAGACCUUGGGGCAACUCUGCAGACGCUGGGUAUCACAUUAAAACCCUCACAGCUCAAAACCGACGCAAAGGUGUUGCUUAGACUGGUGUGCGCUCAAUUUUUUGGGACUGCGAGUGGGUUUAUCGAUAUGGUCGUGACUCACAUACCUUCGCCGGUUGACGGUGCGAGGAGGAUGCUCGACAACUAUUACACAGGUUCUCUAGACUCGAAGGUCGGAGAAUCGAUGUCAAAAUGCGACUCGGACGGACCUUUGGUUGUUGAGGUCACAAAGCUAUUCAGUUCCGCAGACGCCAAAACCUUCAACGCAUUUGGUCGCAUCAUGUCUGGUACGGCAUCACCGGAUCAGGUGGUUCGAGUUCUUGGAGAGGCAUACAGCCUCGAAGAUGAGGAAGAUUCGGCCACCGCAACAAUACAGGGCGUACAUAUCGCGUGCUCGCGGUACAACAUUCCGGUCUCCGGUGUACCUGCUGGGAAUCUUGUGCUUCUAUCCGGAAUUGACAAUUCUAUCGUGAAGACAGCUACAGUGGUCUCCGAGAAAUAUCCGGAUAAUGAGGAUGCCUAUAUCUUCAAACCAAUUCGCCAUUUUACGGAGUCCGUCUUCAAGGUCGCAGUGGAACCUGUUAACCCCUCAGAACUACCCAAAAUGUUGGAAGGCUUGCGCAAGAUCAACAAGUCAUAUCCCCUUAUUAUCACCAAAGUUGAAGAAUCUGGAGAGCAUGUUGUUCUAGGCACAGGUGAACUAUACAUGGAUUGUGUGUUACAUGAUCUACGGACGUUAUAUGCCGAGAUGGACAUCAAGGUCUCGGAUCCCGUCACUCGAUUCUGUGAGACUGUGACCGAAACAAGCGCCAUUAUGUGCUAUGCGUUGACGCCUAACAAGAAGAACAAAUUGACCAUGAUCGCCGAACCACUGGAUGAUGGAAUCGCCGAGGACAUCGAGGCCGGCAUUGUCAAAAUUCGAGAUCCAAUUCGGAAAGUCGCCAAGUUCUUUGAAGAGAAAUACGAAUGGGAUAAAUUGGCCGCUCGGUCAAUAUGGGCAUUUGGGCCAGAUGAGAUGGGGCCCAAUAUCCUAUGUGACGAUACCUUGCCUUCUACCACGGAUAAGAAGCUCCUCAAGUCUGUGCAAGAAAGUAUCAAACAGGGCUUUUCGUGGGGUACACGUGAAGGACCUCUGUGCGAAGAACCGAUCCGAAACACCAAAUUCCGGGUUACAGGUGCUGAGCUAGCGACAGAGCCUAUCUUCCGAGGAGGAGGACAAAUUAUUCCGACCGCACGACGGGCCGUGUACAGUUCCUUUCUCAUGGCCAGCCCUCGACUCAUGGAACCAAUCUACAGCGUGCAUAUGACCGGUCCAGCGGACUCGAUUUCUGGCCUCUACACAGUGCUAAUGAAGAGGCGUGGACAUGUCGUCUCUGAUGGACCUGUUGCGGGGACGCCUCUCUACGCCGCCAAAGCCCUCCUCCCGGUGAUUGACAGUUUCGGAUUUGAGACGGAUCUUCGGAUCCACAGUCAAGGAGCAGCCAGUGUGUCACUGGUCUUUGACCGCUGGGACGUUGUUCCCGGAGAUCCACUGGAUAAGAGCAUCCGCAUAAGGCCGCUAGAGAUGGCGGCGCCUCAGCAGGCGGCGAGAGACUUCGUGCUCAAGACGAGACGAAGAAAAGGGCUGAGUGAAGAUGUGGACGUCAAGAGGUUCCUGGAACCGGAGUUGCUUGCCGGAUUACGAGAAAGUGGUGUUCUGGACUGA